AUGGUAUCAGGUAAUUCUGUAAAUCUUGCUUCUGACAAGCACAACUCAAAUAAUGAUUCUAAUUUCCCAAUGAUGUCUGGAAGUACUUUUAUUUUGCAGUUCCUUAGUGACAAGCAUCACAAUUUCACUAGCAAACCAAUUGAGUCUGGUUUGUUUUCAGAGAUUUUGUGCAGUUCUGAAUCAAAUCAGUAUAAAGGGUCACUGAGGUUCAGAGAUCGGAGCAUCAAUCUUAGCCGUCGGGAGUCGACGGUGGAUCUGACGGGUCAGAUUCAUCAGCUCCCUUGCUGCAUCAAACACGAUGGACCUUCCUAUGUUUCUCACAACUUCAAGCCCAAAACAACUGGGAUUGAGAUUGAGGGUCUUAUGGAGGAAGCUUACUUCAGAGGAAGGGAGUUACAAGGAACAACCUUCUCCCUUCCCCAGGGCUAUUCUGGCUUCGUUUUAGGAAAGAUGAGUCCGGACAAGAAAAAAGCUUCUGAUAUACCUGAAGGAAACUCAAAUUGUUGGGAGAUGAAUGCAAAAUUUAAAAGCAUUACAUUGUGGAAUCAUGAUAGUCUUCCGUCACAAGAUGAUGCUUUCUUGCGUUCCUUUCACUGGCUUGCUGUCGCAAAAGCACUGCAUCAACCAGUGACAGCGGAAGAUUUGGAAUCAGUAUCUGCUGAUCGGGAGCUAAAGAAAUAGAUUGAUCGGAGGGUGCAGGGAGGGAAUUCAAGUCUGAGUGCACUUCUCAUUUGGUACAUUAUCAAUUAUAAGCAGAUUCUCUCUCUCCAUAAUGGUUUCUCUAUGCAGAACUCCUUUGUUGUCUCUCAUGAACUCUACUAUAUUUUGAAUUAGCGCCAAGCAAAUUUAUAGAACUUUUUAUAACAAAAAAAAAAAAGAAAAGAAAAAAAAGAAAUCCCUACCUCAUCACUUGAUAGACUCAUUCAGCUUUAUUUUUGGUCAUUUACAAACCUGACGAAAAGAAGAAGAAAUCAAGUUUUAAAACUCACGUCAUUUUAUUUUCAGAAGAAAUGAGAAGCUCACCUGUACUUGAGGCAAAUAAUUGGAUCGAGUUCAGCUUGGAGGAGGUAACUUAAAACUGGUAGCCUUGUGUCAAAAUUAGUAGAAUCUAACCUUUCCCUUCUCUUCCUCCUGCAACCAAACAUAUUGGUCUGGAUUGAUUCCAAAUAUGCUGAUAUUAAUUUUUGAAAUAUGGGAAAGAAAGUGAAAAAGAAGUAAACAAAAUCUUCAGACGGGCUAUUCUGAACUUUAAUUAAAUUGGUAUGAUGACAUGUUGAUUUGAGAAGGUGUAGGUUGAGUAAUUUGGGGAUGGCUCUCUCCCAGAAUGAUAUGUGGUGUGGUAUUUGUCAAGUUGAAAUAUACUGCUGAGUUUGCUUAUUCUAGUAGACACUAUUCCAGAUCAGCUUUAACUAAAUCAAGCUCUGAAUAUGAGCGGAGUACGACCGGUUUGGUUUAAUAAUAAACAUGAAUUAAGUUUUUAACGAGCUUAGUCUGAAUUGUUGAUAAACAGAUCUGUUCAUUUGCAAUUAAACAGAUAGAAAAAUACUGUAAAACUGAAUUCACCAGAAAGGGUUGCAAAGAUAAAAUUCUGUGUAUAGAAAUGGCAGCAACUAAAGGAAGACAAGGUACCAACAGGCCGCGGUACAAGGCUUCUACUUCCCAAAGGGAGGUCAGGGGUUCGAAUCUUAGUGGAGGCACUGUGUGUGAAUUCCCAACUAGAAAAAAAAAAAAUAGAAAAAAAAAAUUAUUAAAAAAAAGAAAAGAAAAAAGAGCAAGACAAGGCUACAGUGAAAAAUUAGUACUAGAAAAUGCUAAUGCAAUAGUAUAAUAUUUCACAUUGCAGCCUUAAGACUAAUGGCGUCAGGUUUGACUGUUAAGCGAGACAUUAAAUAAUUUACUUAAUGAC